AUGGAAGGCUUCAUGUGCAACCUGGACCACAGUGAUCACUUGACGGCAGAACUCUGGGGCUGUUUAAUCGGAUUGAAACGGGCCUGGGAUCUUGGAGAGAGGGACAUCAUUCUAAGAAGCGACUCUUCGGAGGCUCUGAAGCUCAUUACGGGAGAUGACAACAUGCUACAUGACGACAGGGGAGUGAUACAAGAAAUCCAGACAAUGAUUGCAUGGGACUGGCAAGUCGAAUGCCAAGUUAUUAGUAGAGACACAAAUCAAAUGGUAGACAAGCUUGCUAAGGAAGCGCUGAAUGAAACGAGAGGCUUGCAAAUUCUAAGUCCUGGUGCUGUGAAGAUAAGGACGCUUCAGGCUGGUCCUUAG